AUGUCUCACACCAGCCCCACUCCUAUCAGCAGUCAUUUGGCAGGUCACAGCGACCACAUCUACCACCCUCCGGCAUUUCACCUUUCCAAUAUUUCCCUCGUGCAGCUGCAGUUUCUCAUGCCCCACCUCUUAUCAUUAGACCCCCUCACUCUUAACUUCUCACUGGUUGAUUGUAGAGACUUGUAGAAAACAGCUAUACUUGUCUUUGUGUGUCUUUUUGCUUCCCUGCACUGAAUUUUUUAACCUCUGGGUGUGUUCCGAAUCUCUUUUUUUGUCUAUUAGAAAGGAACUAUUUACUUGUACAUAAUAUUAUUUUGUACUUUUAAAACACAGAAAUAAGUGAGUCAUUGUCCUGUGGUUUAUAGCAAUAAUUAUUGUUAUAAUUAUAAUUAUUUAAAAGGAGCGAGCAGCACGUGCAUACAUGCAUGGUCGAUGAUGUGGGCCUGGCUUGAACUUCUCUGCACUGUCAUCUUAGUCUAGUCAUCUUAUUUAGUCUAGUCAUCUUAUUUAGUCUAGUCAUCUUAGUCAAGCUAGUCUAGUCAUUUUAGUCAAGUUAGUCUCUUCUGGGCAGUGAGACUACUGUCAUCUACUGUAUUGUAAACAUGUCAAACAAGCAACUAAAAAGGCUUUCAUCAUCAUUAUCAUCAGACCAUUAUUAUAAUGAUAGUAGAUCUAUUUCAGCAAAGCAUAGAAGGAUCUCUCCUCCAGAAAAUGAAGGAGAAAGGGAUUUGAGCCCGGAUUUGAGAGGCCUUUUGAACCGUAGAUAUUUGAACCAAAAGAAACAUGAUCCGAGACAAUCUCUGACUCGACAGGUUCCAGAUAGGAGGAUACGACAAAACUGACAGAACAGCGACGAAUGAUAUUUCGCGGUGCACUCCACUCGGCACUCCAGGACCAGUACCUACUGGAUCUACCAGUGAUCGAUCAGGGAGGAAAAGGAAAUUGUCGUCAGGAGAUGAAUCUAUUACAAAUACGAAACAACAACAACUUGAUCAGGGAUUGACUGGAUUAUCACUUCCAAAGCCUCAGAAUUGUAAAAGGAUGAAAGCUCGUUCAUCAAACAUAUCCCGCUCUCGUUCUAUAACAGCCGCAUCAGCAAAAGAUCGUCACUUGGCAUUGGUACCAAGCUGGUGUGAUGCAAUAGUGAAAUACUUAAAGCUAUCAGCAAAGGAUGUAGUUUCACGUGAGUCAGUAUUGAAUGACAUACACAAAUUCUUUGUUAAUUUAAUUUAUGAUAUUAAAGAUAAUGGUAUCAAUAACAAAGAGGGUGUGAUUUUACAAGCUAUUAAAAUGUUAGCAAUCAUUUGUCAAAAUUUUACUAGUAAUGAUAUGAUGGUGAGAGACCAUGCAGAGUUUGCUCUAAGCUACAAGCUUAAGAUUUUUGAUGACAUUUUUCUGCCAUUUUGGGUUACAAUAGGAUCAAUCAUGCGUUCUCUUUCUUAUUGUCAAGUUAUUUCCAAACUUGACUUUAUUUCUUCACUGCAACAAGUUCUAAUGGCGCUCCUUUAUAGCAAUGCCUUUCCUAUUGACAAAGUAGUUCAAUUUUUGCCACUUGACUAUGAGUUGCAUGGAGCUUUGAAGCAGCUUUGCAACAGAAGCUCUCAUGAUUUUAAAAUACUCUAUGAGCAGUCUUUACAGCUUUUAAACAAACGUGAUAACCUAAGAAGUAGCCUCAUGAUGUCUAGUACACUUGAUGAUACUUUUACUCUUUUGCCAAGUAGAAGUGACCUUAUUUCGACGUCAAUCCUAGUUAAUAAUAAGCCUCAGUUUUCUUCUGAUUUGGAAUAUCUUGAAACCCAUUUUGAACUCCUACGCCAGGAUUUUAUUCGCCCUUUGUGUGAUGUGCUAUGCAAGUUACGCAACCUUCAAGAGAAUAGUGGAGAAUAUUAUGAAGAUAACAAUAGUUAUAGCAGUGAUAUCACUUAUAGUAGUGUUCAAUUCAAUAAUAAAACUAUUUGUGAUGGGGAUCUUGUCUACAAAAUCAGUUUUAGUCUACCUGAAGGAAGAACAGUGAACUGGGAUCAAUCCAAGUGUUUUAAAAAAGGCUCACUUCUUUGCCUUUCAAAUGAUAACUUCCACACUCUGUUAUUUGCCACUGUUGCCAAGUGUGAUGUUAAAGAAUUAAAGAGAGGUAUCAUUGCUGUGAAAGUGCUAGAUGCUAGUGUUGAACAUAUCAGCAAUCGUUCAACGUACAAAAUGAUUGAAUCACCAGCAUACUUUGGGGCGUAUUCUUCAGUUGUUAGACAACUACAUGCCAUGAAGUCAAACCCAGAAAGCAACUUACCAGACUUGGCUAAAAAGUAUCUUGUGAAAGGUGAAGCAGUUAUUCAAAUGCCACUUUAUGCACAAAUUCAGACAAAUAAAGAUGGGCAUUAUAUUUUGGAUCUAAAAGGUGUCCUUUGUGAUUGCAAUACAAUUGGAGAAUGUCCUCAUGGCUACAAUAGUAUCAUUGUUUCCCUGACAAAAUUCACUGUAAAAGAAGCAGUGGAAGAGCUUCAAGAUGAAAUAAGUGAUAGUGAAGACGAAGGGAGUUUAGCCAAUGCUGCAAUACUUCAAAACUCAAGCUUGAGUUCUUGUAGCAAUUCUAGUGAUAAUGAAAUGGAAUUAGAUGAUUUUCAAAACUCUCAGCAGUCAAUGCCUCCUUUCUCUGGGAAACUUGAUGAGUCUCAGGUAGCUGCCUUGAGACUAGCACUGUCGUCUGAAGUUGCUCUAAUUCAGGGUCCUCCUGGAACUGGGAAGAGUUUUAUUGGAGUACAAUUUGUAAAGGCUAUGCUUCAAAAUAGAAUAAAAUGGAAUUCUGAAGAAUCAGCACCAAUACUUGUGACAUGCCAGACAAAUCAUGCCUUAGACCAAUUUUUGGAAGAAAUUUUAGAUUUAAAAUUAGAUAAAAAUGUUGUGCGAAUUGGUAGAAGGUCAAAGAGUGAGAGAAUUUGCAAUAUGGAUAUCAAUAUCAAAGAUAAAAAGCGACAGAUUCGAUUAAAUAAAAAGUUUUCCUCUCGUCAUGAUUUUUGUAAAGAAGAUUUUAUUUUUGUAAAAUGCAAAUUUAGUGCACUUGAAGAGCUUUGUUUUAAUUGCCUGCCUUAUAAUGAGCUUAAUAAGAUGUUCUAUUAUUCAUUUCUUCAUCCAAAUGAAUUUCUUCGCUGUACUAGUAACUGUGACAUACAUGAUUAUUUUAAACGUGAAAAUAUAAGAAGUAUUGAAGACAUUCUAAAGUGGCUCAACAUAGAAAUUAAAACUCAAAAAAUUCAAAGUCCGUCUCAAAGUUUUGAUGAAGAUGAACAUAGAAUUGAUCCAGAUGGAAAUAGAGGAUUAAUACUUAAAGGAGCUGAAGUUUUGAAUACAGCAAGAAAUGAGAGAGACCUAGUACACUUUUUAAAGAAACUUCAACGGUCGAACCCAGAUGAAUCUGGAAUUUGGUAUAAUCAAGGCCAGCUACGGCUUGAUCAAAAAUGUGACUUGAUAAAAAUUUGCUUAAGAAAGCAGUUUAAGUGCCUUCGAGGCAAACUUGAUGACCUUCAAGAAAGAAAGAAAAAGUAUGAGGAUGAAGAUGAUGCCAUUACUCUUCAAGCACUGAAAGAAGCAGAUGUUGUAGGGAUGACCACUACUGGUGCUUCAAUGCACAUUAAGGUAUUACAAAAAGUUCGCUCAAAAAUAGUAGUAGUAGAGGAAGCAGCGGAAGUAAUGGAAGGGUACAUUGUAGCUGCUUUAACAAAGCAUGUUCAGCAUCUUGUUUUGAUUGGUGAUCAUAAACAGCUACGUCCAAAAGCCAAUGAUUUUACUAUUGGACGGAAGCAUGGUCUUGAAAUUUCACUUUUUGAGCGUCUCAUUAAGAAUGAUAUGCCGUCUGUUCAAUUAAAAUAUCAACAUCGAAUGAGACCAGAAAUUGCCAACUUGGUUCGUCCUCAUAUAUAUCAGGAGCUUUUUGACCAUCAGAAAGUCCUAAAUUAUGAACCAGUUAAAGGUAUCAAAACAAAUAUGUUUUUUGUCAAUCAUACUUUUCCUGAAAAGCCAAUGGAAGGUUUGAUGAGUCCUGCAAACAGUCAUGAAGCAGAUUUUGUUGUGCAUUUAGCCAAUUAUCUUCUCUUUCAAGGCUACAAGCCAGAUCAAUUAACCAUACUCACUCCUUACACAGGGCAAGUUGCAUGCAUUAAGGAGUACAUAGAAUCUUUUGCUUUUGAAUCUUCUCCUCGUAUUGUUCCAAUUGAUAAUUUUCAAGGAGAAGAGAAUGAUAUUAUAAUUCUUUCCUUAGUUCGUUCUGUCAAGUCUGGUUUCACAAAGGAAGAAAAUCGUAUUUGUGUUGCUUUAUCUCGUGCUAGAAAAGGAUUGUAUGUCAUUGGUAAUUUUGAGCUUUUCAAAAAAGAAUCACAAACAUGGAAGAAAAUUAUUAAUAGCUUAGACAAUAAGUCUUUUGGAUCUUCACUCCCUCUUCAAUGUUAUUCACAUAAAAGAAUUACAGAUGUAGGAGUUACAGAUGAUUUUAGUAAUGUCAAAGAUGGAGGUUGUUUCGAACUAUGCUCUUACGAAAUGUCUUGUGGACAUGUUUGUCCUAGACAAUGUCAUCCAGAUGACUUAGAACAUAAUCAGCCAUGUUCAGAGCCAUGCAGCCGUACAAUUUGCUCUUAUAAUCAUCCUUGUCCAAGAAAAUGUUCUGAUGAGUGUCUACCAUGCCAAGUGUUUGUACCAAAGGUCAUACCUUCUUGUAAUCAUCAGCAGUCAGUACCAUGUCAUCAGUCACCAGAUACCUUUACUUGCCAAGAAGAUUGUACUAUAAAGUUAGAGUGUGGCCAUACAUGUCAAAGAAAAUGUGGAGAAAAGUAUACUAAUUAUCAGUGUCGUCAGCUAGUGAUGAAAAUGUUACCAUGUGGCCAUGAAGCUCAAACAGAGUGUUUCCGUAGACCUGAUGAAUAUAUGACACAAUGUAAAAUACCAUGUAAUGUAGAACUUGCUUGUGGGCAUUUGUGCCAAGGAACAUGUGGACGAUGUAACCAAGGUAGGCUCCAUAUUCCUUGUAAAGCUAAAGAAAAGUGCACACGUAUCCUAUUAUGUGGUCAUCAAUGCUCCUCAAGGAAUUGUGCCAGUGAUUGUCCUCCCUGUCAAUUAAAAUGUCCUAGCUCAUGUAUCCAUAGGCCAUGUGACCACAGGUGCGUUUUUCCAUGCAUUCCUUGUAAUAAACCCUGUAAAUGGUGGUGUCCUCAUCAAAAAUGUACUGAAAGGUGUGGUGAUAUUUGUAAUAGGCCUCGCUGUAAUGAGCCUUGUCGGCAUAGGUUACGAUGUGGGCAUCCUUGUUUAGGCCUGUGCUAUGAGCAAUGUCCACCAUUAUGUAGAAAAUGCGACCCAGCCAAUGAAGCAUUCCUAAAGAAAAAGAAUAACCCAAAUUGUCGUUUUAUUAUGCUGAUAGAGUGCUUUCACAUUUUUGAAGUGUCUGAUCUUGAUACCUAUAUGGAUGAGAAUGAUGAUCAUGAGCCUGUCAAGUGGAAAAGUUGUCCACGUUGCAAUACAAAUAUUACAAAAAGCUUUCGCUAUGGUAAUGUUAUCAAGAAAAUUAAAACAGACAUGAAUGCCAUUAAGAAGAAGAAAUUUCAAACAUUAAGUUGUUUUGGUAAUGAUAAAAUGAAGAGGGAUAUUUCAAAAUGGAAUAAUACAAUUAAAUAUUGCGACAUUCGUCAAAGUCAAAUUGAUGUCUUACCUGAUGCAACUUUACAAUCUUUACAUACACUCCUUUCUUUUGCCACUGAAUGUGAUGAAUUACAACAAAUGUUUGAUACUGGCUCUGUUUGUAGUGAUAUUUGCAUUUCCAAGCAAAUCAACAGGCUACAGGAUUUUUUGAGAUUACGUGACGUUAAAAGUGUGAAGUGUUUACCACAACAAGUCAUUGGUGACAUUCAGUGUGAGAUUAGACGAUUUCAUUUUCUGAGAAAGUUUUGUGAAGUUGACAGAAAGCCAAAAUCUUUUCUAGUGCAUAGUAAUUGGAUGACAUAUAAAACAAAAAUCAAGGAGUUAAAUCUAACAAGCUAUAAUCCAAGUUUGAAAAUGACAGAUGAAAUAUAUGAAGAAAAAUGUGAAAGUCUGUCUUGGUUUUGUAGAGAAAAUGGCCUUGAUGCACCAACACCUGAGGAAACAAAGCAAAUUGUAGCUGCCAUUAGUGGUAGGAAAGGAGCAUGGUACAAGUGUCCUGAUGGACACUACUACCAUAUUGGAGAGUGUGGAGGAGCAAUGCAAGUAGGAAAAUGUAUCGAAUGUGAUGCUCAAGUUGGAGGAAGUCAUCAUCGUUUACAAUUAGUGUUGACAUCACUGUUCACAAUCAGCUUGCCGAAGAAAUAGAUAAUUCUCAGUUUGUAGCUUGGGGCCAGGAAGCUAACCUUAAUAAUUAUGAUUUGAAUGAUGUUUUAUAAAAUAAUAUUUUUCUUGAGUCAAUAUUAUUAAAUUUAAUUUCGUUUUAAUUUUUAUUAGCAUUAAUAGUUUGUAUCUAUUCAACUUGAUUAAGUAUGUGUUUAUGUUUGCUAACUUUUAAACUUUGUUUUGAUUAUUAAAAAUAUUUAUAAUUAAUGUCACAAUAUCUCGAAAUUGCCAAGAUAAAUGGAUACACAUACACAGCUCUAUAUACACAAAUACAUUAUGUGUUUG